UCCUGGAUGAUGAUGUUAUAGUUCAACAUUGCUUGAUAGACCGUACUCCAGGCUAACAGGUCACACCUGACUUUUUACAUCUGUUUCAGAGCCUCACGUCACAUCCCCACUCACUGCUGCGUGUAAUGCUUAACAAGUGCGCUGGUCUCCACUACUUUUCUUAGUCCAUUGGCGUAUAACGACAUAACUGAGUAUCACGCUGUGCGACAAACAUAUAGUCGACCAGUCCGUUAGAACUGAUAGGAAAAACUGCAAUUGGAAACAUUCACGAAAAACUAGUAGCAGAAAUAGUACUGAUCGCUGGACGGGAAUCGGGAGAUUUUAAGUUUCUUUUACCAAUGGCCGACAUGAGACUCGUUGUCUUAGCAACCAUCUUACUGACUCUUAUCCUGACGGGGGAGAUCCAGAGAUGUAGCGGCCAGAUUCACUACAAAGUACCUGGAUGGGGACCAGGCGGCAAAAGAAGUUCAGUUUUGGCGGGAAGUAAUGUAUUACGGAAACGACAUUGGCGUCUGGAUUCACAACUUGAAGAGGUCAGUACAGAGAAACAACAUCAACUCGCCCUGCUUCAACACAUUGCAAAAUCAUUGGCUCAGAAGUUCGUGGCACCCACAUUGAGUGACACGGAAACGGUGCGGGACCAGCUGACGGCGAACCAGUGGAGGGAGGCAGAGGACAAUGACCGUCAGAACGACUGGAAUUAACAUGCUCGACGCGAAAAACAAACAACAAAUCGACACCAAAAGACUCUCAAAUCAGGGAAGAUUAGAAAAUAUUGGUAUCAUCCUCGCUUUACAGAGGCUUCAUAUUCCAGUCACACUCAAUUUCAGUUUGAGAAUUGAACGGUUGAUUUUACACUUCGUACAGUUUCAUCAGUUGAGCGUAUAAUAGCAUUUUGCCAAGUGUAACUUCAGCUUGCCAGAAUUCAUUUAUUUGUUUAACUUCAUUAUGUAAAAAAAUACCUGGCUCUUUUUUUUUAGAUACCUUAGGUUAAACCUUUUUGCGAUGUUUCCUCUAUUAAGCUUAAGUAAGACCAUUUCUUUCAUUUAACGCAAAGUCAAGGAGCCCCUACUGCAGAAAUAAAUUCCUGUAGAAGACCAAAUGGUGCCUUCUGUUGGGUGAGCAAAAACAGAUAGAUAGUGUUACCAGCAAACUGUGUGUAAAAUGGACUCUUUGAUUAUCUGAUUCCGAUUAAUUAUUCACUGGUUUGUGUUGACUGACUGCUAAUCUAGUGUUGCUAUUAAUUAUCAGUGUCGAGGACACGCAAAGAAUGAGCUCCGUAACAGUUUGUGCUUUGCUCUUGUAUUGGUUCUAUGCUCUAUUAAUGAGUCGGCCAUAUUUAAUUGAAAGCAAGGUAAAAUCGUCGUUUUGGAACUUGCGAGUGGAAAUGAUAGCAAUGAUAUAAAGGUAAUUACAAAUUAAUACCAGUCUGCUCUGAUGAAUAACUUAAAAUUUGUAAUUAAACAUACCCUAAUGGUUUC